AAAGAAACAUGGCUCUGAGUGGUGUGCUAGUUAAGCAAGUUAUAAUAAAAUCGGAUGGAGAUGUUUUCCAUGACUUAUUUGGAAACAGACCAUACCAUAUAUCUGAAAUGACACCCGAUUUCAUAAAAGGUGUUGAUCUGCAUGAUGGUGAAUGGGGUAUUGUUGGAUCCGUUUCUGUGUGGAAUUUUACACAUGACGGGAAGGAAAAAGUGGCUAAACAGGUAAUCGAAGAAAUUGACAAAGAGAAAAAGUUAGUGCGUUAUAAGGUGAUAGGGGGUGAGAUAUUGGAGGCUUACAAAAGCUUCUUCGUUACAAUUCAUGUGGACACCAAGGGAGAAGAGAACGUUGUGACGUGGACUUUCCACUAUGAGAAGCUUAAUGAGAGUGUUGAUGACCCUAAUAGUUUGAUGGAUUUAUGCCUUCGUAUCACCAAAGAUAUUGAGAACCAUCACCUCGCCAAAUCAAACUAAAUCUGAAAUGCUUAUCUAUAUAAUUUCGAAGAAUAAACAGUCAUUUGGUCGUCUAUAUGACUGCUUGACGUCCAUGUGGAAUUGUUUGUUUCAUUUGUAAUUUACUCAACUAAGAAUAAUAUUUGUACUAUUAAUGUACUUUGUUUUUGUUA